AUGAUAGAGGACAGGUUGAGCGGAACGGACUCUUCCUUGGAUAUCUCCACAAAGGAGAACUUGGAGAAGCUUGUUAGUAUUGGAGAGAAGUUGUUGAAGAAGCUGGUUUCUCGGGUGAAUUUGGAAACUGGUUUGUCAGAGCCAGUUAAAAACGGUGGCACAAAUGAGGAAGCUUUGAAAAGGUAUUAA